AAAGAGAAAUAACCCCCACUAUUAUUAUUAUUUUUCCUUUUACUUUGUAAUAAUCCCGCUCCCCCGUGCCAAUCUUGAGUCGGUCAACCGCCGCACGUACGAAGCACCCCAAUGGGCAUCUUGGAUCUCCCCUCUUCUCCCCUAAUUCCUCUACCUACUGCUUCUACUACUACUGCUUCGACCCCUCUCUGAUCCUUCGAUGCUCCAAUAGUAGUAGUAGUAGUAGUGGUAGUAGCUGGAGGAGAGAGAGAGAGAGAGAGAGAGAGAGAGAGAGAGAGAGAAGGAGGAGUAUGAAGAACCUCUUAAAGAAGCUCCACAUCGGGCCGAGCCAAUCCCACGGCGACGAUGGGCCCUCGUCCCCCUCGACUAAGGGCGGCGGCGGCGGCGGCGGCGGCGGCAAUCAAGAGCCGAAGCCCUUGUCGGGGCUUUCCAAUUGGUUGAACUCCGUUACCGGGAAGCACGGCCCUUCGGGUCAGGGUUCUCCUCCUCCUCCGACGCCGCCGCAGUUGUUGUCGUCGUCGUCAUCACCGUCAUCUUCGCACAGGGGAGAGAGGAGGGAGGCGGGGCCUUCGGCGUCGUCACCGGCGUCGGCGUCGGCGACGACGUCGGCGGCUGCGGAUGCGGCGGCGAUAGAAGCGAAGAGGACUGGGGCGGCAGCGGCGGAGACGGAUAUGGAGGAGGAGUAUCAGAUACAGCUGGCGCUGGAGAUGAGCGCGAGGGAGGACCCGGAGGCGGUCCAGAUCGAGGUCGUGAAGCAGAUCAGCCUCGGUUCGUGCCCGCCCGAGAGCACCCCGGCCGAGGUUCUUGCUUACAGAUACUGGAAUUACAACUCCUUGAACUUUGAUGAUAAGAUCUUGGAUGGUUUCUAUUACCUCUACGGCAUAAUGGUUGAGCCUAACUCUGCUAAGAUGCCUUCUCUUAUUGAUCUCCAAGGAGCACCAUUUUCAGAUAAUGUGAGUUGGGAGGCUGUGUUGGUUAAUAGAACAGAAGAUGGUGACCUCUUAAAACUUGAGAAGAAGGCCUUAAUCAUGGCCCGUGAAGCAAGGUCACAGUCUUCAGACUUUGUUGAGGGUGCUUUGGUGCAGAGGCUUGCUAAUUUGGUAGCUAACUACAUGGGUGGAAUAGUUUACGAUCCUGAAAGCAUGCUGAUGUCAUAUCAAAAACUCAGUAGCUAUUUACGAGAAAGUGUCGGUAAUUUGGUCUUGCCUCUUGGCCGUUUAACAAUUGGUUUGGCUCGUCAUCGUGCAUUGUUAUUCAAGGUUUUGGCUGAUAGUGUGGGCAUUCCAUGUCGAUUAGUAAAGGGAAAGCAAUAUACUGGAUCAGAUGAUGGGGCUUUGAACAUCGUAAAAGUAAAGGAUGGAAGAGAGUACAUCGUUGAUUUAAUGGCCUAUCCUGGUACUCUUAUCCCAUCGGAUGGUGCUGGGCUGGUAAAAGACUACGAAGAAAAUAUCUUUGUAGUUAGCCCUUUCAGCAAAGGUGCUGAUAGUGUUCAUAUGGGUUCUUCUGUAAGCGGGGUCUCAAGUUCUGCUGGUUGCUCUUUAGAUAGUGAGCCGCUUGAUAAACGAUCAUUGUCUAGCUAUCCUGAAGCUUCAGAUACUAGUGGAAUUCAUACAUUGGAGUUCAGCAAUAAAGAAAGUGAGAAACUAAGUUCGCUCAAGAACUUUUCAACCAACCUGCAUAUGAAAGAAAAAGCACAUCCCAUUGGCAAAUCUAGAGAUACUAACAUCAGUAAAACUGUGAAAGCUCAAGAAAAGUCUGGUAUUACUGUUGCAAAAUCGCCUUCUAGGAUUGCUGGAAUCAAUUCUUCUUCAGCUGUCAACAAAAUGAAAGUGCAGGAUGUUUCACAGUACAUGAUUGACGCUGCUAAAGAAAACCCACAAUUAGCCCAAAAACUUCAAGAUGUAUUGCUCGAAAGUGGAGUUAUUGCACCCCCUAACUUAUUUUCGGAAUUGUAUACGGGAUAUUCGGAAGAUUUGAUGACCGAAGACAAGUCUCAAAGUGGAUAUAAGGGUGAAAAAGAGGACGAGAUCACGAACCGAAUCCGCCCGUUGAAGCCUGUAGAAGGUUUGGGGCUUCAUCGCCCUCUUGACUUCCGAGAAGCAGCUGGCACUUCAUCUACCUCCGAAGCUUCUGAUGUGCUUUCGCAGGAGACUCCAUUACAGCUUAUAAAGCACAUGCCUGUUGCUGCUGCUGCUGCUACAGCUGCUGUUGUUGCCUCUUCGAUGGUUGUUGCUGCAGUUAAAUCGAGCGCAGAAAUGAAUAUUGAAGUCCCUGUUGCUGCUGCAGCUACUGUUACUGCUGCUGCCGUUGUUGCGACAACUGCUGCUGUUAGUAGGCAAUAUGAGAACUUGGAGUCUCGUGUCCCUGUACCAUUUUUACCUGCAUUUGGUCAAGGAGCAGAUUCAACUGAGGGAGCUGGAUAUGAUGUUUGGGAUAAUCGGCAUAUAGAAAAUGAUCAUGAUGGUCCUGAGCAAGAAAAAGGCACGGGUGAAACUCACCAGCAAGAAGCAGAACGAAAUUCAGGAAAGUCAACUGGGACUGACAGCACGAAAUCUGAUAUUGCUCUAGAUGAUGUUGCGGAACUUGAGAUACAAUGGGAGGACCUCACUUUGGGUGAACGGAUAGGUCUAGGCUCCUUUGGAGAGGUGUACAAGGGAGAGUUGCAUGGAACAGAAGUUGCAGUUAAGAAGUUCUUACACCAAGAUAUCUCGGGUGAUGCUUUGGAAGAAUUUAGAAGUGAGGUGCGGAUAAUGAGAAGAUUACGACACCCAAAUGUUGUCCUCCUCAUGGGUGCUGUAACCCGUGUGCCCAAUCUUGCCAUUGUAACAGAGUUUCUUCCUAGAGGGAGCUUGUUCCGAUUGAUUCAUCGACCUAACAACCAGUUAGAUGAAAGGAGACGACUAAGGAUGGCACUUGAUGUUGCUCGUGGAAUGAAUUACUUGCACAAUUGCACACCAAUUAUAGUACAUCGUGAUCUCAAAUCUCCAAACCUUCUUGUCGACAAGAAUUGGGUUGUAAAGGUCUGUGACUUUGGUUUAUCACGAAUGAAGCACAGUACAUUUCUUUCUUCAAGAUCAACAGCUGGAACAGCUGAGUGGAUGGCACCAGAAGUACUCAGAAAUGAACCUUCAGAUGAGAAGUGUGACGUUUUUAGCUUCGGUGUCAUACUAUGGGAGCUGUGCACAUUGCAGCAGCCAUGGGAAGGCAUGAAUCCCAUGCAAGUUGUUGGAGCUGUUGGAUUUCAGCAUCGCCGCCUUGACAUUCCAGAUGACAUGGAUCCUGUCAUAGCAGACAUUAUAAAGAAGUGCUGGCAAACAGACCCAAAGAAACGGCCAUCAUUUUCGGAGAUUAUGGCUGCCUUAAAGCCGCUGCUGAAAGCUGCAGCUAGCACCCAAGUGUUAAGGCGGAGAUUGUUGCCAGCGGGUAGCCAAGAGAAAGGCAAUUCAUAGCAGGAGAAAAUGAUCGAAUGUUGAAAAUUCUAUAAAAAAACAAUUAGAAGGGGUGCCCAUCUUGCACAUAAAAUGAGCUUGUGUAACUACCGAAGGAAUAUUCUAAAAGCAGUUGGUUAUUUGUAUAUGGUGGUUUGGUCAAGAAUGGGGUUGAUUUCUUGUAUAUGCCAUGGAUUGCUGAUUGCUGGAACCAAUUUGCGAUAAAUUAAUUCAUAAAACAAGAAUACGAAAGAGUACAAGAAACAUGAGCAAGUGAAGCAGAAAUAUGAUAUCUGGAAAAGCAAAUCAGGGGAAAUGAGUUAUUGGUGUCGAGCUUAGCUACAACCCUUGGACCACUAGUUGUGGACUGGGAAGAUAAGAUUUCACUCUCCUGUAUUUUUGAACAGUUAUUUAAUUCUCGAUUUCUUAUGCUUGUUUGUUUUUUGUCAAGUUGUUGUCCGCCCAAAAUGGGUUGUGUAUGUAAAAGAUGCCAUUGUUCAUUAAAAAAAAUACGGCUGUUGUUUGAUUCGAGAUAUAUCGACUCUGUAUAUAUUUGGUAUAUCGAUGGACUGCUUGUCUUA